GAGAUUAAAACUGACUGAACAAGCUUUCACACACACAGAUUCACCAUGGAGGCAGGUGCAGUUCUCCUGCUGCUGUUCGCACUCUGUGGGUUCGCUUCCACUCAGAGCUUUUAUGGAGACAGCAUCAAUUUCAAGACUCCACACAAGAAGGCGGAUGGGACAUUUACGGUGACCUUCGAUCACAGACAGAAUGGCAGAGACAGCUGUGUCAACCAGUCAUCCUACACAUGUGACGGCGGGGUGUGCACAGGCUUCAGUAUGUCAAGCGUCCUGCAAACGGACCAGGAUUCCUUGGGCCAGAAGCUGUGGUGCCAGUCCGAAGGCCAAACAACAGCAACCGUCUCAACUAAUAAAACCACCCUUUCUCUGAGGGCCGCGGGCUGCUGCUGGGUGUCGAAUGUCGAGGGCAAAACAAACUGGACGUCUCAUGCAGAGUUGGACCUGGGAACUCGAUCUGACUCGCACGCCCUCAACAGCUGUCCCGUAACCACCACCGUGUCCUCUUUACGGGUUCCUCAGAACUGUUUUUCCAGGGUUCAACUCCUGGCACACGAUCCAGACGCAGAUAAAGUCAAAUGCCGCUUUGCUGAAGACGCAACAGUUCCCACAAACUUUACCCUCAAUGAGACUACAUGCACACUGACAAGUACAGGUGAAAUCCCCAUUGGUGUCCACGUGUUUGAGCUGAUGCUGGAGGACUUUUCCACCAAAAACCUCACUUUGACCUACGCAGAUGGAACAUCGGCCACUCGGACGGCCUCCGACGGCGCAGCCCCGCUGUGCAAAGUGAAGCUGCAGUUCUCAAUGGAGGUCCUUUCUGCAAUAUCAAACUGUGCACCCGGUAACGUGCAGCCCAUGUUCUUGUCCAAGACUCCUUCGCAUGGCGAUAUCCUUCAUGCCACUGCGGGUCAGAAAUUCCAGCUUACUGCUGAAGCACAGGCUUCCCAUUCCAGUAUAUACGACUUCCAGGUCAGCGGCCCCCGGAACAUGACCAAAGUGUUCAGUGAUGGUCAGAACGGAAAAGCUGAAGUCACUCUGAGCUGGACGCCAGACCAAAGCGACCUGUACAGAUUCAUCCCAGUCUGCUUCACAGCAGAGACAAACGCAACCCAAUCAGAAAUGAGGUGUGUUGUUGUCAUGGUGAUCCAAGCAUCUAUCAUUCAAGGCAAGGCCAAUGUUAAAUGCUCACCCAACAAGAUGGAGGUGGCCAUCGACAAAUCCUCCAUGCCUGACAUCGACGAGAACUUUCUCAAGCUGAGAGACCCGUCGUGCUCUUUCACCUCCAACGGGACUCACAUCAUGGCCUCCAUGUCAUUCAGCACCUGCGGGACCAAAGCUGAGGAUAAAGGUGACUUUCUUGUUUUCAAGAAUGAGAUCAACUCCUUCGAGCUGGCCAGUGAGAUUAUAGUCCGAAGGAAGACUGUUAAGAUCGAUUUCUCUUGCCAGUUUCCCAAAACCAUCAGCAUCUCCAGUUACUACAAUCUCCACAAGUCUGACUACAUUUUCACCGAGUCCAGCUUCGGCAGCUUCGGCUACACUUUCGAGAUCUUCCGCGAUGGCAACUUCACAAAUAAGGUGGAGGCCAGCGCCUAUCCAGUGGAGGUCAAGCUGUUGGAAAAAGUUUAUAUGGGCAUUCAAGCUGAAUCGGAGUUACCAAACGUGACUUUGUUUGUUGAAUCAUGCAAAGCAACUCCUGAUGACAACCCUGACAACACACUCUACUAUGACCUCAUCAAGAACGGGUGUCUGCAGGAUGAGACAGUUAAGGUGUACCCGUCUAACCAAACUGUAUUCAACUUUGAGGUCCAAGCCUUCAAAUUUACUGGAAACUAUGAUCAGGUGUACAUCACCUGCUCCGUCAUCCUGUGUGAGCCUGGCAGUUCCUUUUCCAGAUGUGCUCAGGGUUGCCUGACGGAUGCAUCCCGCAGACGACGCAAGCGAGAGCUGACCAAGGAGACCGACAGCCACUACAUCAUCCAGGGUCCUUUGCGGUUUGUGGGGCAGGGUGUUCCCAGCGCAGCGGUGGAUGAUAACUUCAACAACGUUGUGAUGGAGAAGAUUGAAAAGAUAGAAACACCCAUUACAACAGCGAUUCCUCCACCAGCUUCCUCAGACACCAAAUCGAGCGGAGGAGGUGGGGUAAUCAGGGAGAUCCUCAACACCAACACCAGCACCUUGAUCUUCGCCAGCGCCUUCAUAGUGUCCCUGGUGGUGAUGGCUGUGAUGGUUGCUUACUUCACCAGGAAGAGAAAAGCAGAAGACCGCAAGCUUCUUAUUUCAGACUGGGAGAAUUAAAGCCAACUAAUCCCAGACUGAGGCAUCUCCGCCACAUCAUGUUAUUUGUUUAUUUUAUUAAAGGAUAGGUUCACAUUUUUUUCUGUAUGACAUGGAAAUUGUGCUUGCAGUAAUUAUUGCCCCUGUUCAUUCUGGCCGUUAAAAUAGAAAUCUUAAUAGACGAGAUAUGGGGGAAACAUCCUAAAUCCUCCCUCUGUGCAAAAAUAUAUUCCAAACUGUGUCAGGCUGGAAAUUUAGACACUAGUUUCCCAGUUAUGGAAACACAUAGAAAUGUAUUAAAAUGACCAAAUAUCCUGGAAAUAAUUAGAGUGCAUAUUUAGUUUGAAACUCAGCCUAUUGUUGUAAAAGACUUCUAAAAGAUGAAUUUACUGCAAAAUAAAAUGAAUUCUAUUUGAUUUGAACUGGUACUUAUGGGCUGUACCCAAGUUAAUGUUACAGUUAGCAGGAAGCUAUAGUCAACUGUAAACUGAAUCAGUUUGACGCAGCAGAACACUUUGCUGUUGUGAGAACAGAACAGAAAAAUUAGGAACCUAUCCUUUACAGAGCUUCUCUUUAAAAUGAUGGGGUGUCCUGGUGGGCGAGUGGUCUCACAUGUAAUGCAUGAUGACGUAAUUUUUGUGAAGAGUUGCAUGUUGUCACUUAAUUAUCCUUUAACUGGUUUCCUGUCUAUACUGUCUACUGUUGAAUGAAGGCACAGGUCACAAAAUCUAAUCUUAAAAAACAAAAGUAUAUAGUUGCACUGAAGAAAAGCUGAUGAAUGCUUUUCUGUAAUUGGCUUUGGUUUCUAUUUAUGGUUGUUUGUCCCAUCUGAACCCCACCCACAGCCUCACUGAACCAGUUUUUUUUUCAGGCCAGUUGUAAAAGCAUGUGCAUAUUUCUGCUGCCAUGAAAACAAAAUUCCACUCUGUCUGGUUUUGCAGGAUUUUUUCGAUUGCCACUGUCACUGUCAAGGCUGUGUCAACAUUUUGCAAACAGGUUCCCAAUAAUUAUCUUCCGAUGUUCAAGGUUUGUUUGGUUAAGUGACGUGUAAACUUGAAUGUGCAAUUUUAUUUUGUAUUUUUGCAUUUGGCUCAUGAUUUUAGACCUUAUAAAAUACAGAUUUAUUCAUAUAUAUAUAUAUUUAACUGAAGAGUUAGACUUAUUUAUUCAUUUUAUUUUGUAGAGGCCUGUCUAAAAUUUACAACCAUUACUGAUGUAAACAAACAUUCAAUGUGACCAACAGAUUUAGUUAUUGUCCAUUUAUUUAAACAGUUAAACUAUUUGGGAGUGAUAACAACGUCACAUGCUGUGUGUUAAAAUGUGUUGCCCUUUUGUCUACAUUUAGAUCAAGAAUUUGCCUUUUUCAGAGUAGUCCAGUAUUUUACAUAUGUUCCAGUUCUGGUGAGCAAUAUCUAAUGGUGAAAUAGUAUAUUUGUGUAAUUUAAAUGGGAUUUGAUUUACAAUACAAGGGAAAAUAUGCAUUAUAUUGAUAUAUUUAAUCACAUAAUAAACACGUCUCUGUGCGGG